CAGUCGGGUACUUAUUGUUUCGAUCUGGAUUAAGUGUCUAUCUGGCUCGUAGCGUUAGGACUAAGACUCCGUUUCAUUCACAUUUGAUAUCUCGAGUCCAAAGGGACAAAAGCAGAGUGGGCUGUUUCAUGUCUCAGAAUGAGAUCAUGAUGACUGUCUUCCCCAUGUUCCAACAGCAUAUCGAGCCCCAUCUUGUUCAUGCACAUCUCAAAAUUCGGAAUGACUUUGACCCGGUACUUUCUCCUGAGAGUUCACUGUUUCUUUUGAAGAGCAACAAACAAGUGGCUUAUCAAGAUAUUCUAAAAAUUCUGGACCGUGCAAAGAUCUGCAGUUCUGCUCAAAAUUUCAUUGAUAUAUACUUGCGGCUUCCUGGAAUUCCUGCUAAUGGACAGUUGCAAGAGAGUGACUGCAUAAGAGUCAGGAUAUGUGAGGGCAGAUUCGCCGUACUGAUACGGGAGCCUAUAAGGGAAGGCAAUUUCAUUAUUCAACCCAAAGUAGAUUUUGAUAUCAGCGUCAGUACAGUUGCUGGUCUCUUGAACCUUGGGUAUCAAGCUGUGGCAUAUAUCGAAGCUUCGGCCUUCAUAUAUCAAGAUGGGAAGGUUAUAAUAGCUGACAACCUUUUAUUUUCCUUUCCUUGCUGGGUACAAUAGUUGACAGCUUAUUAGUAGGCAAAACUUCUUGCAUCUUUUAUAUGUGCUCAAUUUGAUAUGUUCACUAAGUGGCAUUCGAUCUAUGUGUAACUGGGGUCUUUUCAUUUUGCUGACUUUUGGAGCUUGCUUAUUUAGUCCUGUUUUCUCUGUA